AUGUCCGGUGAUCUUUGGUGGGAUACCAUCGCCAGCAACGAACUACCGACUGAAGGAUCCCUGGUUCAUUCGCAGUUGGAGUGUGUGGAACCAAUUAUGCCGGAAUUGAGCGUUGAGCCAGAAUUAAACUGGGGGCAACCAGGUCUCCCAACAGUCGCGGAGCCACAAUUCUUGCAGACUUGCCAUGAGAAGGCACCCUCCCAGCAAGACAUCCGAAAAUCGCUUUUGAAGCUGAAAGCAGAACUUUUGCAGGACCUUGAUUUAUUCGAUGACUGCUCCAACAACCUUUUAUUCUCUUAUGCGUCGGACAGUUGUAACACCACAAUCGAAAAGCUCAGCGUUCCAAUUACUCGCCUCAUUGAUCAUUCAUCAUGGCUUUUGGACAUUAUUCACUCAUCACGUGGGACUGACGAAACAUUGAAAGAAGAGCUUUCAGAAUCGGCCCCAUCCACCGAACCAUCUCAAUUUCAGAGUUGUCAGCCUGAGGGCUCAACCUCCCAACACUCCGACUCUGGUGAUUAUGGAUCGGACGAAAGUGUUACUACGAUAUCAUCACUUGAUUCGGGAUACCAGACCACAAUGACUUCUCCCAGUCAACAAGCGGUCACAUCAUGCGACAUAACUCUGUGGCUUAGUAUUCUGGAAGGACAUUGCUACUUGACUCGCAUCUAUCGAGCUAUUUUCACCCGACUGUAUCAGUGGUUUCUUAUCAUUCCCCCAACUGAUGCCGAUGGCUUGCUUCUGUUGCCUCCUCUUCAGCCCGAGCAGAACCACUUGGAUCGAAACUUUGCUAAGCAAGUCAAGGUACUGGUCGAAGUUGGCUUUACUAUGAUCAGCAACAUUGAAGUAGCUCUUGGACUGCGGUCUGCCGACAGCGUGUGUAAAUGUGACAGCGAACUGCCUGCACUCGGAACUCCGGGCGAGAAGGAUUGGCCAUCAUCAAUUCGCGAUUUUGUUGUUGCACAGGAACAAGACCAAAGCGAAAUACCUUUGGGGGAGAUUAUGAAGUGUUUGCGCCAGCUUGUUAGAGACACAGUUAUCACUUGA